GCCGCAGCGCCCACCCCCCGACGCCGGCGGCCCGCGGGCGCAGCGUGACCCGAGAGUGCAGUGUGUCAAGCCUGGCAUGGAGAAGUCAAGGUGUGGCUAAAGGAAACAUAUCAGCCUGGUACAUCACACUGCUAAUUCAGUACUGCUGAGCUAUGAUCUCACUGUGCUUGCCCUGAAGGAGUUUUGCCUCAGGAUUUGAGCCAAAAUAAAAACUAAACAAAGUUCAAGACAAGAGUGGUCUCCGCCAGUCAAGAAACCCUCAAAAGCAUUUUACCAUGGACAUAGAAGAUGAAGAGAAUAUGAGUUCCAGCAGCACUGAUGUUAAGGAAAACCGCAAUCUGGACAACAUGCCCCCCAAGGACAGCAGCACACCUGGGCCUGGCGAGGGUCUUCCACUCUCCAACGGGGGUGGUGGUAGCACCAGCAGGAAGCGGCCCCUGGAGGAGGGCAGCAAUGGCCACUCCAAGUACCGCCUGAAGAAGCGAAGAAAAACACCGGGGCCUGUUCUGCCCAAGAACGCCCUGAUGCAGCUGAACGAAAUCAAGCCUGGCUUACAGUACAUGCUGCUGUCCCAGACAGGACCCGUGCAUGCGCCUCUGUUUGUCAUGUCUGUGGAGGUGAAUGGGCAGGUCUUUGAAGGCUCAGGCCCCACAAAGAAAAAGGCAAAACUCCAUGCUGCUGAGAAGGCCCUGCGGUCUUUUGUUCAGUUUCCCAAUGCCUCUGAGGCCCACCUGGCCAUGGGAAGGACCCUCUCUGUGAACACAGACUUCACGUCUGACCAGGCUGACUUCCCUGACACACUCUUCAAUGGCUUCGAGACUCCAGACAAGUCAGAGCCACCCUUCUAUGUAGGCUCAAAUGGAGAUGACUCCUUCAGCUCAAGUGGAGACGUUAGCCUCUCUGCCUCCCCAGUACCUGCCAGCCUCACUCAGCCUCCUCUGCCCAUCCCACCACCAUUCCCGCCCCCAAGUGGGAAGAAUCCUGUGAUGAUCUUGAAUGAGCUGCGCCCAGGGUUGAAGUAUGACUUCCUCUCUGAGAGCGGGGAGAGCCAUGCCAAGAGCUUUGUCAUGUCCGUGGUGGUAGAUGGCCAGUUUUUUGAGGGCUCAGGGAGAAAUAAGAAGCUUGCCAAGGCCCGGGCUGCACAGUCUGCCUUGGCUACUGUCUUCAAUUUGCACUUGGACCAAACACCAUCUCGCCAGCCUGUUCUCAGUGAGGGUCUUCAGUUGCAUUUGCCACAGGUAUUGGCAGAUGCCGUCUCACGCCUGGUCCUGGGUAAGUUCAGUGACCUGACAGACAACUUUUCCUCCCCUCAUGCCCGAAGAAAAGUGCUUUCUGGAGUAGUGAUGACCACAGGUACAGACGUCAAAGAUGCCAAGGUGAUAAGUGUUUCAACAGGGACGAAAUGUAUCAACGGUGAAUACAUGAGUGACCGUGGCCUCGCACUAAAUGACUGCCAUGCAGAGAUAAUCUCCCGAAGGUCCCUGCUCAGGUUUCUUUAUGCACAGCUUGAGCUUUAUUUAAAUAACAAAGAAGACCAGAAAAAGUCCAUAUUUCAGAGGUCAGAGCGGGGCGGGUUCCGGCUGAAGGAUGCUGUGCAGUUCCACCUGUACAUCAGCACCUCACCCUGCGGAGAUGCCCGAAUAUUCUCUCCCCACGAGCCAGUGCUAGAGGGUAUGACGCCAGAAUCUCAGCAGCUGACAGAACCAGCAGAUCGACAUCCAAAUCGCAAAGCAAGGGGACAGCUACGGACAAAAAUAGAAUCUGGUGAGGGGACAAUCCCUGUGCGCUCAAACGCCAGCAUCCAGACCUGGGAUGGGGUGCUGCAGGGGGAACGGCUGCUCACCAUGUCCUGCAGUGACAAGAUAGCACGCUGGAACGUGGUGGGCAUCCAGGGGUCCCUGCUCAGCAUUUUUGUAGAGCCCAUCUACUUCUCCAGCAUCAUCCUGGGCAGCCUGUACCAUGGGGACCACCUCUCCAGGGCCAUGUACCAGCGGAUCUCCAACAUAGAGGACCUGCCACCACUCUACACCCUCAACAAGCCCCUGCUCAGCGGCAUCAGUAAUGCAGAGGCACGGCAGCCAGGGAAGGCCCCCAACUUCAGCGUCAACUGGACAGUGGGAGACUCCGCCAUUGAAGUCAUCAAUGCCACGACAGGGAAGGACGAGCUAGGCCGCCCAUCCCGCCUGUGUAAGCACGCGUUGUACUGUCGCUGGAUGCGUGUACACGGCAAGGUCUCCCCCCACCUGCUGCGCACCAAGAUCACUAAGCCUACCACAUACCACGAGUCCAAGCUGGCAGCGAAGGAGUACCAGGCUGCCAAGGCACGUCUGUUCACUGCCUUCAUCAAGGCAGGGCUGGGCGCCUGGGUGGAGAAGCCCACAGAGCAGGACCAGUUCUCUCUCACUCCCUGAGCCAGGCGGGUGUCAAGCACAGAGUGCGAGGCUGCAGUGCCGAAUCGUCCCCCAGAGCCUUGCAUCUGAACUGGGACAGGUGUACAUCUUGGGGAGGGCACGGGGAGCCUGGACAUCAAGCACCAUCCCCAGCAGCUCUCACCCCAACAGGGCAGCAAGGGGAUGUGUAGGGUGCCAGGCACCUCACAUCUGAAUGGGGAUCAGGUGCACGGUGGGGGUGCAUGGGGGGCAUAGGGGCCCAUCACCACCCCUUGCCACACAUUUCCCCUCUUGAGCUACCCAGUGACCGCUUUAUAUCUCAGUUUACAUUAGACAUUGAGUUCUACUGAGUAGGGCUUCCUCGAGUAUAGGAAAAUAGAAAUUACUUUGUGUGAGAUUCUUGAAUAAAUAAUUUAUUCAGAGCUUAGGAAUGAGAUUUAUAAAAUAAGAAGUAAUUAUGUCAGGUCACUUUUAUGCCACAUUAUUUUAAUUGCAAAAAAAAAGCGUUUAUAUGUAAAAGAGCACGAGAUUAUAGAGGUAGGAAGUAGAAGAGAACCACCACACACAGAUCUAUGCGUGGCCGCUCCUCUCGUAGGUCCUUCACAGUUAGGUUCUCACAGUAGGUUUUAGCAGCUCUCCUGGGGGACCCCAGCAUGAUAUGAUGUGAUCUUGGCACACGCUAGCCCUGCAGCAGGGAUGCUGUGUCCUACAGAGUCAUGACCUAGGAUCUGCUGCCUCAGCUGCCUCUAGAAACGUCCAUGCCCCUGGUUAGGCUCAAAUCAUGGAAAACUCGAUUUGCUUCUAAUUAAUUGAAGAUCAAAUGUGUCCAUAGCCUGUAUUGGCUGGCCAUCAUUUGGGGGUUCUAACCAGAGAGGUUUUGUGACCUCGAAGAACUCAAUAGGACUGCUAUGCACACAGAGCACAGCCUUCCUUCUGCUCCUUCCUUGGGAUCUGGUGGGUAGGAACCACUCAGAAAGCUUCACAGGAUGGAAAGAUUUAUUUAAGCGGGUACCAUUCUUGGAGCGUGCCAGGUAAGGCAUAUUGUUAAAUUAUUCCUUCCAGCUUUAUCAGACACGUGUUUGAAAAAUAAAAUAUUCAGGUUGAAGCUGGUGAGACAGUGUAAGGCCGGAACGCUGCAGACCAGACAUUGGUGUCUCGGACAGGCAGGCCUGGGUGCUACUGGCAUCUUGUGGCUGAACCCCAAGAUGCUGCUCAGCACCCUGUAUGCACAGGGUGGCCCCAGGGCCCUGGAGUGGACCAUCUGGACCUCCUGUGCUUAGACUUGCCCCAGGUGCCUUGUUGCUUCCACUCAGGAUUAGGGAGAAGUAGAGUGAGGAGGGGCUGUGGCUGUCAGCUCAGUGUGCCAGCCUGGUCCAGCAGGUUGCUCUGAAGAGCUUCAGGGCCAUGAGCAGAGAAGGUUCAUACUCAUCUCACAGCACCCAUCCACCACAGCUGCAUCCAGAGCACUGACGGUUGUGUGGCUCUGGCUGUGUUUGUGUCCUUGACACACACUGAGAAAAAAACAGAAUGAGCAUAGUCACUGUCAGUUCCACCAGAUUCCCAGCAGACUCAAGAGGCUGUGUGUUGUUGCUUAAGUGAGACCUACUGUGUAUCCAUUUCAGGAGCCCUGACUGUGUCCUUGUGAGUAUCUCCCAUGGUUUUCAUCCUGUGGGGCUUGAUCCUCAUUUCAUGAAGGUCCUACCAGAUCCCCCUACUGACAUGUGCUGUCACAGACAUCUCCAGCUCACCACCUGCCCUCCUGACGGGAGCGAGCCCUCCCAAGUCAGGAUUGCAGGGCCCUGUGUGCCAUGGCGGGGCCUUGUUUGGGUGAAAUGCACUGGGGCUCCUUAGAGAAAGGGUCUCAUUUUAUCAUAGUAGCGCCCCUUCCCCACAGGCUCCUGCAGUUUCCAGACAGAAAAACACCAUGUUGGUGUGUUCUUACUCUUGUUUUUAAAUUGUAUUUUUUUCUUCUACUGGAGAUGGGGAGAUGGACUUAGUUGGGGUUUUUGUUUUUGUUUGUUUGUUUUAAAAUACAUUUUGAUUAUAAAAUAUAGCGAAAGUAUAUACCAUAUUCACUGAAAAAAACCAUGCAUUAUAACACCUGGCUUUCCAUGUGAGAUCAUAAGGGCACCCAACCAGGAAGUGGAUGUUACAACACAUAGAGCAUCUAAAACCACAGGGGCCUGUCCUGGUUAGACUUGACCUAGGCCCUGGAAGUAGGGAGGAACACAGCCUGGAAGGCAGAUGAGGGAUGCACCAGCUUCUCGUCCUUCCAGGACAUGGCAGCUCAAACAGCCAGUCCGUGACCAGAGAAAAGGGAGACAGAAAUGUUGAUUUAAGAUACUAAACUCAGCCAGGCACCCUUUUAAUCCCAGCACUCGGGAGGCAGAGGCUACACAGGGAAACCCUGUCUCAAACAAAACAAACAAACAAAAACUCAGCUCUUUGAGCCCCUUCCUGAAGGUCGCUAUAGGUAACAUCAUGAUGGUAGUCUGUAUCCAGGACCUAGAUGUUAUAGACUCAGCAGGCCAAGAACCUGAUGGGAAUGUUUUGGAUGUUUCAGGAGGUUCUCUGUUUUGUGGAUUUAGCUAACCCUGAAGUAUUAAUUCCACGAAGCAGUAUCCCUGAGGAUUAUUCAGGCCCAUCUCUGACAGGGCUGUAGCUACACCAGAGGAGGUCAUUCCACCAGGGAGUCUUGGUGGGCUAGCAUGUCUGUGCAGAGCUGGGGCUCCCCACUUAGCUCUAGGCAGGGUGGAUGUCUGUGCCAUUAGGCCUGAUCCAUUAAUGGUGUCAGGAAGUAGCAUCUCUCCCAUCGAGGGGGACACCAAAGAACUCUGAAUCCGAAUCUGAGUCUUUCACCAUUCUUCCUUCUUUGAAGAUUUUUUUUUUUAAUUAGAAAUAAGUUUAAGUGUGCAAGCCAUCAUCUCCUAAGGCAUUGCUCUCUGUUUAUUUUGUUCCUCAGCUCCUCUUACCUCUAGGCUGCGUUUGCUGCGUGGUUUUUUAACUUAUGUCUCCCCUUUAGUUUCAGACAGGUGCACCAAAGGUGGGCAACCACCAGAGGGUCAGAAAUGUGGGGGGAGCUGCACAUCCCCCUGUGCUAAGAGUAAAUACACACAAUGCAGGAGCAGCUUGUCACUUCCAAAACACUUUACUCCAGAAUUGUCAGUUCUGUCCCAUCACAACUUUGAUCCAGAAAGAGAAAUAAAGUGAGCUGAAAUUCACACCUGUAAGUUCUCAAAAUUAGGGAACCUCUCAGAAAAUUUCUUCAUAUCGUCAGCCCCAGACUACAUCACAGGAAGGGCAGAGUGUACAUGUUCAGUGUGUACAGCUUGUAUGUGUCCUUGUCUCUUGGCACAUCUGUCAUGUGAUAGUCUCCCCAAGGCUGAGGGGGUGGUUACCCACUCUGCAGCUGUGAACUGCUCCACACUGGGGCUACUGAGUUCGUGUGUAGGGAAUGGGGAUGGAGAAGCCGCUGACCUGCCAGGGACCAUGAGCAAAUUAGUCACAUAGGUCUGACCAAUCAUGACUGGCUCCUCAGUGCACAUCCCUUUUUUCACGUCUCUGUGGUAGUGCCUGUACUUUCUGUUUGCUGUUUGAAUGACAAGUGCCCAGCCUCAAGCACUUAAUUGUAGCCACAGCAGGAGCUGAUGGUACAUAAGGAACUGAUGGGCCAUUCUUUUGAAUGGAACACAGUGGGUUAAAAGCACAGUUUGUGGAAUGUUAAUGGAAUAAGCCCCUAAAAGCUGUUUGCUUUUCUAGGCUUUGAGUUAUAUACUUUUAAUUUGAUUUUAGAAUUUGGACACUUUACAUGAAUGUAAUUCAGCCAAGAAACGUGUUGCUAAGAUACAAUCCUCAGUGUUCUCUGUAUGUAUAUUUAUGUAUAUACCACAUGUUACAGCCUGCAUGAGCUUCCUCUCACACUGAGCCCAGCCGGAACUGAGCAUGAGAUGCUGUCACAUGUAGACAAAGGACUGAGACGUUCUCAAUAAAGACUAAGAUGUUUCACUACGA